AUGACCGACAUGGUUGCGGACUUAUUGGCGAACUUCAAUGAUCUAGUAGAAAAAGAUGCACAAGUCAAAUACGCUCUCAACGCGAUCAGGCGGUACAAGACGAGUGAAUUGAUAGAUGCAGACGAUGAGCGUAAGAGCAGGCACAAGCGGAACAUCAUUACAGUGGAUGAUAACUUGAAAAUAAAUUACGAAAUGGUCAAAAUCGCUCCGGGCACUUUUAUAGAAAGUAGUGUGGCGGCGUCGAAAAACAAAACUACCAAGGAAAAAGCUGGAAAAGUGAGCAAAAUGAAGACCAAUUACUAUAAAAAAAGGCUCUACAACAUGAAUGAGCUUUUUUUGGCAGAUCAAGUCUCUUCGGAAUCGACACCGACCCCAACCCCGACUGCCCACGUAGCUCGUGAAGCUGCUAACAAAGAACCACCUUCCGAGCAGCAGCAGUUGCAGUGGCUCCGUGAAGUUCAUCUCGAUCUACUGCAAGAGUAUCGCUCACUUUUACAGGAGGAAAAGAAAUGGUUCCUGAAGAAGGAGCUCAUGUUGGACGCCAACGUGAAGCUGGAUCUUUACUCCAUGCGUGACGACGAACAGGACGGGCUGCUAAUAAGCAACAAGGUACACAAUGAAAUGUGCUCAUUCCCCGCGUAG